AAAGUCCAACAUUUUUGACAACAUGCUGGCUAUGAUGGAGAAGUAUGCCAACAACCUGGAAGCUCUCGUGGCAGAGAGAACAGAACAGUUGAGACUUGAGAAGCGAAUGACAGAAAACUUACUUCUGAGGAUGCUGCCGAGGUCAGUUGCAGAGAAACUAAAGAGAGGCCAUCGGGUGGAGCCGGAGCAGUUUGAACAAGUGUCCAUUUAUUUUUCGGACAUUGUCGGAUUUACAGAACUAAGUGCCGGAAGUACCCCAAUGGAGGUGGUUGACCUGCUGAAUGACCUCUACACUUGUUUUGAUUCAAUCAUUGAAGAGUUCGAUGUCUACAAAGUUGAGACAAUCGGUGAUGCUUACAUGGUUGUCAGUGGUCUUCCAAUUCGAAAUGGAGACCGGCACGCAGGAGAAAUAGCUUCGAUGUCUUUGUUAAUCCUGGAAGCCAUUAAACAGAAACAUUUCAAAAUCAGAGGAAGACACGACUACAAAGUGAAAAUUAGGAUCGGAAUUCAUUCAGGUCCGUGUUGUGCAGGCGUGGUUGGUUUAAAGAUGCCUCGCUACUGUCUAUUUGGGGACACUGUCAACACAGCCAACAGAAUGGAGUCAACAGGAGAGCCUCUCAAAAUCCACUGCAGUGCCGAAUGUAAGCAGAUAUUGGAUAUACUUGGAGGCUACAGCCUGGAAGAAAGGGGAUUUACAGAAAUGAAGGGUAAAGGCAGUCUGCUGACUUACUUUCUAAUCUCUGAAGACCACAAUUAUCGCUUCAAGAGAAUGUCCAGCUACAAGAAGGUCAACAGCAAUAACCAACGAGGUGGUUUCACUGGCAAGAGCUUCACCGGUAAAUUACUGAGCCUUGGAGGCCGGACAUUCAAUAAUACACAUCUACAGCCCAGCAGAAGUCAUGCUUCUUUAGAAAAUCACACCUCGAAAAACCUAAGUCAGUUUUCAGACAAGCAGCACGAUAGAAACCCUCACUCCCCUGUUACCUAUCCCAUGAGAGUUUUAAAACAGCUGCCAGCCACGAAAACGUCCACAGACAAUACAUGGCCGGAGAUCCCAGAAGAAGGCCCACAGUGCAAUUCAUGUUUCGUAGAAAUACUUCCUAGCCAGGAAGCAUGUGAAUGUGAUGUAGGAAACAGUUUUGAACCCGAGGAUAUGCCGGAGCCGGAGUCAUAUCCAAAUUCAUACGAGAAUAACGUGUCGGAAACUCAUGCCUUACUUGAAGAAACUGAUGCUUCUGAUGUUGAAACCAAAAAGUACAUCAUUCCAAGUAACCAGACCAGCAAGCUGGUAUUGCAGUCACCAAUAAAGACUAAAGGGUUGGGCUUAGAUCCUUUUGAAGAGGAUAAGCAGAGUAAUGGAAUUGUGGUACGCCAAGUGGACAUGUGUGAUGCCUUAAAUCACAGAAAAGUGUGUGAAACUGUGCAAUAA